CCUUCGAGCUCCUGUCCCGUUACCGCCUCCUGGCCCGGCCUCGCGCCUUUCACCGGCACCUUGCGUCGGUCUAGCAGCCGGGCCUGCUCCUGCCACGCGCGCCCCGGAGCUCCGGCGCCGGCGCCGGCUCGGGUCGCGCCACCCCGCUUAGCUUGCUCCCGAGGCCGCUGGCCCGCUGCCGCCAUGGGUGCCUACCUCUCCCAGCCCAACACAGUGAAGUGCUCCGGGGACGGGGUUGGAGCUCCGCGCCUUCCGCUGCCCUAUGGCUUCUCCGCCAUGCAAGGCUGGCGCGUCUCCAUGGAGGAUGCUCACAACUGUAUUCCUGAGCUGGACAGUGAGACAGCCAUGUUUUCUGUAUACGAUGGACAUGGAGGAGAGGAAGUUGCCUUGUAUUGUGCCAAAUAUCUCCCGGAUAUCAUCAAAGAUCAGACGGCCUACAAAGAAGGCAAGCUACAGAAGGCUUUAGAAGAUGCCUUCUUGGCUAUUGAUGCCAAAUUGACCACUGAGGAAGUCAUUAAGGAGUUAGCACAGAUUGCAGGAAGACCUACUGAGGAUGAGGAUGAAAAAGAAAAAGUAGCUGAUGAAGAUGAUGUGGACAAUGAGGAGGCUGCAUUGCUGCAUGAAGAGGCUACCAUGACUAUUGAAGAGCUGCUGACACGCUACGGGCAGAACUGUCAAAAGGGCCCUCCCCACAGCAAAUCUGGAGCUGGGACAGGCGAGGAACCAGGGUCCCAGGGCCUCAAUGGGGAGGCAGAACCUGAGGACCCAUCUAGGGAAACUCCUUCACAGGAAAAUGGCCCUACAGCCAAGGCCCACACAGGCCUUUCCUCCAACUCGGAACGUGGGAUUGAGGCAGGUCCAAUUGGAGAGCCUGGCACUCCCACUGGUGAGGCUGGGCCUUCCUGCUCUUCAGCCUCCGACAAGCUGCCUCGAGUUGCUAAGUCCAAGUUCUUUGAGGACAGUGAGGAUGAGUCAGAUGAGGCGGAUGAGGAAGAGGAAGACAGUGAGGAAUGCAGUGAGGAAGAGGAAGAGGAGGAAGAAGAUGGCUACAGCAGUGAAGAGGCAGAGAAUGAGGAAGAUGAUGAUACUGAGGAGGCUGAAGAGGAUGAUGAUGAAGAAGAAAUGAUGGUGCCUGGGAUGGAAGGCAAAGAGGAGCCUGGUUCUGACAGUGGCACAACAGCAGUGGUGGCUCUGAUACGAGGGAAGCAGUUGAUUGUAGCCAACGCAGGAGACUCUCGCUGUGUGGUAUCUGAGGCUGGAAAAGCUUUAGACAUGUCCUAUGACCACAAACCAGAGGAUGAAGUGGAGCUAGCACGCAUCAAGAAUGCCGGUGGCAAGGUCACGAUGGAUGGGCGAGUCAACGGGGGUCUCAACCUCUCCAGGGCUAUUGGAGACCACUUCUACAAGAGAAAUAAGAACCUGCGACCCGAGGAACAGAUGAUUUCUGCCCUUCCUGACAUCAAGGUGCUGACUCUGACUGAUGACCAUGAAUUUAUGGUCAUUGCCUGUGAUGGCAUCUGGAAUGUGAUGAGCAGCCAGGAAGUUGUAGACUUUAUUCAAUCAAAGAUAGGCCAACGUGAUGAAAAUGGGGAGCUGCGGUUAUUGUCAUCCAUUGUGGAAGAGUUGCUGGAUCAGUGCCUGGCACCAGACACUUCUGGGGAUGGGACAGGGUGUGACAACAUGACCUGCAUCAUCAUUUGCUUCAAGCCCCGAAACACAGCAGAAUUCCAGCCAGAGAGUGGCAAGCGGAAACUGGAGGAGGCAAACUCUGAUGAGGGGGCUGAAGAAAAUGGCAACAGUGACAAGAAGAAAGCCAAGCUGGACUAGUAGUCAUCCAGACUCCUGCCCACCUGGACUGUUUUUUGAGCCCUCCGGACCUGAGACUGAAUUUUGUCUUUUUCCUUUAGCCUUAGCAGUGGGUAUGAGGUGUGCAGGGAGAGCUGGGUGGCUUUCCAUAGCCCAUUCCAAAGAGGCCGCUCUCCUUCCACAGGGCAGCCUGGAGCCUCUGAUGUCCUCUCCAGCCUCCUCACUCCUUUGGGCUCACCACCAGUGGGUUCUGUGCCUGUGCUCUGUUGUGUUGGAGGGAGAGACUGGUGGUUCAGGUUUUUACUCUGUGAACACUUUAUUUAAGAACAUUCUUUUUUAUUAGCGGCUCCAUGGUCCCCAGCCGCUUGCACCCACUCUGUUGUACACUUUCAAUCAACACUUUUUCAGACUAAAGGCCAAAACCGAA